AUAUCAUGUAACACAAUGAUUCAUGACUAGAGCUGUAGCCAUAACGCUUGUAUAUCACGUUCUCAUACUCUUUCAUUAUCUUAUUAUUAACUCAACGGAUAUGUCGGAAAGUGACUUCACCAUAUCGAGCAACCUGAUCUUGGCAUUGACGCGACAGCGCGCUUUGAACGAUUUCAUGGCUUCACCUCAACCACGUUCACUCCUGUCUGCAUCGUUGGCCUCGGCAUCGUCUCUGGUUCUUCUUCAGCUAUUCUCCCGUGUCUUCACAUUCGUUCUCAACCAGGCUCUCGUUCGACUCGUCUCACCACAAAUACUCGGAACAGCCGCGAUCCAGUUUGAGCUCUUGCUCUCGACCAUUCUAUUUCUUUCUCGUGAGGGCGUUCGCAAUGCACUCCUACGUAGCUCUACAAACCAGCAGGAUACGUCUACGUCACAAAAAGACGUAGGAAAGGAUAUCCUAGUAUCGAAUAUAUCGCUUCUACCUGUUCUGCUAGGUAUCCCGAUCACAGUUGCCAGUGCAUCAUUAUACCUCAAUACGAGCUCUUCAUCCACUUCAUCUCAACCUCACUUCCGACUAAGCGUUGUGAUAUACGCGCUCGCAGCUUUCUUUGAAUUGUUAUCCGAGCCGCUUUACAUUCGGGCCCAGAAUGAGCUACGCUUCGAUAUCCGAGUCCGCGCUGAAGGGACAGCAGUUGCUCUGAAGACGUUUACUGCUUUCAUCAUGUUGGUGACAUUAUCAUCGGACUGGGCACUUGUGGCUUUUGCAGUGGGCCAGGCCGUCUACGGCCUCGCGUUACUGCUGUCGUUCUUACGUGUGUAUGGACGCACUGCACGCUUUUGGCCAAAGAAGGCUCAGAUUACAGUGCAUGAUAAUACCAAGACGCAGUACUUUGACGAUGAACUUCUGCAUCUCUCCGCUGCUAUGACCGGCCAAUCUGUCGUAAAGCAUUUCCUAACGGAAGGAGAUAAAUUUCUGGUCUCGAGACUUAGUCCGCUUGCAGAUCAGGGCGGAUAUGCGAUCGCCUCAAACUAUGGAUCACUCGUUGCCCGAAUUGUCUUUCAACCUAUUGAAGAGACAUCUCGUGUGUUUUUCUCGAAGACACUCUCAGUCUCUUCCACCCCUCCUCCUGAAGCUUUCCAGAUGGCCUCUAACAUCCUUCUUACGCUUCUCCUGCUAUUCACGCACCUUUUGCUCUUGCUUGUCACUUUCGCGCCACCGUACUUGCGUCUUGCAGUCUCCAUGCUUCUUCCUCCUCGGUACCUCACCACGUCGGCUCCAAAAAUCCUGCAGACAUAUGUCUACUACAUCCCAAUGAUGGCUUUCAACGGUAUCCUCGAAGCAUUCUUUGCGUCCACAGCCACGUCUGCCGAUCUACGUGCUCAGAGCAGAUGGAUGUUAGUCUUCUCCAUAGGAUUUGUUAUAGCUGCCGUCGUACUCUCGCAAUUCCUGGAGCUUGGCGAUGCGGGUCUCGUUUGGGCCAAUAUCGCGAACUUGACCUUGCGAGCCAUUUACGCCUGGACGUUUGUCAAGAGGUUCUUCUUACAGAGGGAAGCCGGACAGAUUGUAUCGUGGACAAAGGCCGUUCCGCCUCUACCUGUCCUGGUUUCUUUCGUGCUCAGUGCGAUUACAACCCGAUGGAGCGAGUCAAUGUACCAUAAUUAUCCUUUGAGCAUUCGCGGCCAGAUAAACCACAUUGCUGUUGGCGUUGCAUGUUUGGCCGGUUGUCUAACGGCCUGGUACGUCUAGUAUAUCUCACGUAUGAAUGAAGCUGAGACUCACUCGACUGUUUGAUUCAGCUUCAUCUUCGAGAGGAAACAUAUGCAGCAGGUCUUCUCAGUACUUCGCAAAGCAUGAUCGAUGAUCACCGAUGCCUGGGUAGUUCCUCUAUCCGAUCUUGCAGCACUGGAAGUUUCCAGUAUAUUCUACAAUACGGCUGAAUGUCUUGAAGAUAAUUUGUGGCGUCCCUUGGUGUCUUAAGACGGUAUCCGACGGGCUUUCUACUGUGUAAAGAGUUCAAUUGGGCGCUACGCAGCUGUCUCUGUAAGUCGCUGUACGUUUAUCUCUAACAAUCUCGCUAUAUGCGUGAAAUGUUUCUUAUGAAAUGCGUCCAGAUCCUUUCCAUUUGAAGCUGAUUCUGACUCAAUACCUCUGAUGUUGCCGCCAAGAUGCACACAAAAGUACUUCAGUAACUCUACCUUUGAAUCCGCGCCGUUACGCUUGCUCGUUGAUCGCUAUCAUACUCCUGUUUUCUUCUUCUUCUGACGUCGUCGUCUCCCCCAACGACGUGCAGGAGGCACUAUCACAAGAGUGAGAGAGAACAAAAUUUGUUCGAGCAAAUAGCAUAAAGAACAUGACGUCAAGCUGUAUGUCCGAUAUCGAUAAAUAGUAGACCCUGAAAACUGAGGACAUGGAGCUACGAAAAGCGAUCAAAGCAAAGGAACAACGAUAGAGCAAAAAGCAAAGGCAAGGAAAAAAGACGAACAUAUAUCGAAAGUGUGGCGGUGUGGUACAGGUGAGCAUCAUUCAAUGCUCCGCCUGUUGUCCUCGUACGUCUGCCAAUGCUACAAGCAUUUGUCGCAGAACAUGCUCGAGAGCAUGAACAUCUGCUUCAGAUAGAUGACUGCAGAUGCAACGCUUCCCAGGUCGUGAAGCAUUGACUAAGGGUUCGCAAUCAUCCAGCGGUACUGAUGCAGGGUUUCGGCAAUUAUUCUCCAACACCAUCGUGGCAAACGAUGGAAUGCCAGACGUCCUUGCCGGUAUGCCAGAUGAUACGAGAUGGGAAGUGAAUUCAGGUACAUAUAUGGUCUGGCAAUAUCCAGGAACGGAGUGGCAAUGCGUCCCGAUUUGACUAUACACCGGAGGUGCUGUAGCAAUCGUUCAAUGUAGCACGAUACCUUGUCAAGGGAGAAACUCACGAAGUCGGAUAUUGUGGUUGUCAUAUAAUUGUUUUCUUCCCUUGCGGUAUUCCUCCAUUCCAUUCCCUGUUGAAAGACGUGGUAUAAUUGAUGGUACAUCUUGUCGAUAAGAAUGAAAUCGCCAUAUCGUACACGACAAAUAUUACUUUACCUGCAUCACCUUCUCUUUC